AUGGCUUCCGAGGCCGCCCUUACCUUGGAUGGCUCUGAUGUGUUGACAUUAUCUGAUGAAACAGAGUAUCAAGACGCGCAAUGGAGCUUCGCGGAUACAACCGAAGAAGGCGGAGGAGAGUCUCAGAUUCUUAGUAGACAUUCCAAGAAGCAGAGAGUUGGCUCCAUUGUUCAAGGUGAUACAGCGGGCAAGUUAGAUCCACUUCACUCAGAUACCGGCACUUCUUCUCCUCCGAGAGAGACAGGCACGAUCCUCCUGCUUGAUCUUCUCCAGGGCGUCCGAGGUGGGCCAAAUCAGAAGCUUCACGAGCAGAUGGAUCUGUGCUGGUGGCAGCUCGAAUUCCGUCUGCUUCAUGGGCAGGAACCGGAGAACGGCAAAGGUGCGGGGAAACACACUGAAGAUACCGAUGGACGUGGAGGCGGUGAUAUACAAGUGCUCAAGCCAAGUUUGCCAGUCCCAGUCAAUCCAUUCAUGAAAAUUCGCAUGAUUGCCCCAUCCCUGAUCCCAGCGCAGCAAAGGAGAUAUGGGAACACCGGGAAGAUAUUUGGCUUUCCACUCAGCAGGGCUGUUAGAAGGGAGUUCGACCAAUCCCGCAAUAUCCAAAGUCGAUGA